GAAGCGGGAGCCAAUAGGGAAGCGUUUCGUGUAGGUCUUCUCCUGAGGUGGCGGCGCCAGUAGCGGCCGCUGGCCAGUGGGGAGCGGGCUGAGAGGGGUCGCGGCGGCGGCGGCGGCGGCAGGCGGAGCGUUAGGUCGGUGUGCAACCGGCAGUGGGGCGCCCGCCGGCUAGGGGAGGCCGUGGAGACCUAGGCGAACGGCCGGGCCGAGCAGCUGUGCGGAGACGGUCGUCAGUCUCCCGGCGCCUCUGCUCUGUUGAGCAGCAGCAGUCGGAGGGAUAUUAAAAAUGGCUACUCCCCAGUCAGUUUUCGUCUUUGCAAUCUGCAUUUUAAUGAUAACGGAAUUAAUUUUGGCCUCCAAAAGUUACUAUGAUAUCUUAGGUGUGCCAAAAUCAGCAUCAGAGCGCCAAAUCAAGAAAGCUUUUCACAAGUUGGCCAUGAAGUACCAUCCUGACAAAAAUAAGAGCCCUGAUGCUGAAGCAAAAUUCAGAGAGAUUGCAGAAGCAUAUGAAACACUCUCAGAUGCUAACAGGCGAAAAGAGUAUGAUACACUUGGACACAGUGCUUUUACUAAUGGUAAAGGACAAAGAGCUAACGGAAGCCCUUUUGAGCAAUCAUUUAACUUUAAUUUUGAUGAUUUAUUUAAAGACUUUGGAUUUUUUGGUCAAAACCAAAACACUCGGUCCAAGAAGCCUUUUGAAAAUCACUUCCAGACACGCCAGGAUGGUUCCAGUAGACAAAGACAUCAUUUCCAGGAGUUUUCUUUUGGAGGUGGACUGUUUGAUGACAUGUUUGAAGAUAUGGAGAAAAUGUUUUCUUUUAGUGGUUUUGACACCACCAAUCGGCACACAGUACAGACUGAAAAUAGAUUCCAUGGAUCUAGCAAGCACUGCAGGACUGUCACACAGCGAAGAGGAAAUAUGGUUACUACAUACACUGACUGUUCAGGACAGUAGUUCACUGUUUGUCCUCACUAAAUCCAACUAGUUGACUCUUCUUCAAUAUCUUUGAUGCAAAACAGUUUUCUGUGAAC